AGUGAUGGGGCACGAGGGGAUACUAGCGCCGCAGGGCGAAGGAGCGUUAGGGUCCUUCCUAUUUGAAAGAUGAAGGAUGGAUAUUGCAGCCUGAAGAUGGAAUGCAGGAAGAAGAGGCGAAUAUCUUUCCUAAAUUCUCUCCACUUUCUCACAUAGGGCAGAAAAAAUUCAGGUGUUGUGGAAACCGAGCCUUUUGGGAAGCUAGUUGACCAAAAGCCUCAGGUCGUUGAGUUUGGGAAUGCUUGUUGCUAUACCCCGGCCUCCGUAUUAGGCCGGAACUCGAGUAUCAUAACGCCUGCUUUGCCGCGGGACUGUAAAAGCAGGUGGACCUACACGGGGAAAGUGGUGUACGGGUCGGGAAAAGCUGGGGAUCCGGACGGAAUCCACUCUUGACUCCAGGCCGCGGAGGCAGGCGGGCGCCUGCGGGCGGUUGGUGCGUCCGGGACGUGCCGCGGCGACAGCGCUUUAGCAGGUGGAAUUGGGCUAUUUGCUGAAGCUUCUUUCCCUGAUAGCCCAGGGAGAAAUUGACAUUUUGACUUCUUCUUACCAUGGCUUUGGUUCACAAAUUGCUGAAUGGCACUUAUAUUCUCGGGAGAUGCCCAAAGCCAAGUGUUGCUUCGUGUCCAUUUUUGUGUACUCGCUUUGCAGACUAUUGUUCCAGUAGUCUUCAGAAACCAGUAGCUACUCCUGGCCAAGGCUCCCCUCGGAGGACCGCUGAAGGGGGUUUGCAAGGACAUCACCAGAGAGAAGCUGCUUUGGAUAUAACUUCCCCUGAGGAGAAGCCUGAAGUUAGUUUUGAUAAAGCAAUUAAAGAUGAAAUAAAGGACCAUUUUAGGCGGUUGAAGGAUGAAAUUGUGAAUCAUUGGAUAGGGCCCGAAGGCCGCCCUCUGCAUGAGGUCUUGCUGGAACAAGCCAAGGUUGUCUGGCAGUUCCGUGGAAAAAAAGAUUUGGAUAAAUGGAUAGUGACUUCGGACAAGACCAUUGGAGGCAGAAGUGAAGUGUUCCUGAAAAUGGGCAAGAAUAACCAAAGCGCACUGCUGUAUGGAACUCUGAGCUCUGAGGGGCCUCACGAUGGGGAAAGUGGUCGCAGUGGGUACUGUGCAAUGAUGUCCAGGGUUCCCAGGGGCCCUUUUGACAGAAAGAGGUCUUAUGAUUGGUCUCAGUUCAACACUCUGUAUCUCCGUGUCCGAGGAGAUGGUCGGCCUUGGAUGGUGAACAUCAGGGAGGACACGGAUAUAAUCCAGAGGAAGAAUCAGAUGUACAGUUACUUCAUGUUCACCCGUGGGGGGCCCUACUGGCAGGAGGUCAAGAUUCCUUUCUCCAAAUUUUUCUUCUCUAAUCAAGGAAGGAUUCGGGAUGCUCAGCACCAGCUUCUGCUUGACAAGAUCUCUUCUAUUGGAUUCACCCUGGCUGAUAAAGUGGAUGGUCCAUUCUUCCUGGAAAUAGAUUUUAUUGGAGUGUUUACUGAUCCAUCCCACACAGAGGAAUUUGCCUAUGAAAAUUCUCCAGUGCUUAAUCCAAGACUUUUUAAAUAGAGAUCAUAUGGUAGUUUUGUAUUUCUAAACUAAAGGUAGUAGUAUCCAUGAUGACCCAGGCAAAAUAAAGUAGUUCUUUAAUGGCAUUCAAUCAA